CCCCCCCUUGCCGAUCGCGGGGCGCGUGGCCGGGAUAUGUGCGAAGCUGCAGGUGGGUGGGCUGGUUGCGGGUUUCUGUCGUCAUUUCUCUUCUUCCUCUUUUCUUUUCUCUUUCUUUCCCUCUCCCUCUCUCUCACACAUCUCUGUCCUGCUCUCCUCGUUCAUCAGUUUCUGUUCUCGCUUCUUCGUUUCUGUGCUCUUUGCUUUGUUGACAGCUUGCUUGCAAACGCAACACUGCGCCAACAAUGGGCAAGAAGAGGGUUCUCGUCAGCUAUGGCGUCGAUAUUGACGCCGUUGCGGGCUGGCUGGGCUCGUAUGGCGGGGCGGACUCGACGAGCGAUAUUAGCCGCGGCAUCUGGGCCGGGACGAUCGGGGUGCGGCGGCUGCUCAAGCUGUUCGACAAGUACAACAUCAAAGCGACGUGGUUCAUCCCGGGGCACUCGCUAGAAAGCUUCCCAGAGGAGUGCGCGCUGGUGCGGGACAGCGGGCACGAGAUCGGGCUGCACGGGUACAGCCACGAGAACCCGGCCGACAUGACGCCCGCGCAGCAGCGCGACGUACUCGACCACACGGUGCGGCAGCUGACGGCGUUCUGCGGGGGCCGGGCGCCGCGCGGCAGCGUCGCGCCGUGGUGGGAGGUCAGCCGCGAGGGCACCGAGCUGCUGCUCGCCUACGGCAUCGAGUACGACCACUCGAUGAGCCACGAGGACUGCCAGUGCUACUGGCUGCGCUCCGGCGACCAGUGGACCAAGAUCGACUACGGCAAGCGGGCCGCCGAGUGGAUGAAGCCGCUGGUGCGCGGGCCGCCGACCGGCUUGGUCGAGAUCCCCGGGUCUUGGUAUCUCGACGACUUGCCGCCCAUGAUGUUCAUCAAGGGCGCGCCGAACAGCCAUGGCUGGGUCAGUCCAAAGGUCGUCGAGGAGCUGUGGAUGGACCACUUUGACUACUUUUACCGCGAGUACGACGAGUUUGUCUUCCCGAUGACGAUCCACCCGGACGUCAGCGGGCGGCCGCACGUCUUGCUCAUGCACGAGAGGAUCAUCGAGCACAUUAACAAGCACGAGGGCGUCGAGUGGGUCACGAUGGAGCAGAUGUGCGACGAGUUCAAGAGCAAGAACAAGCCGCCCGAGGGGGCGCUGAUGCCGGCCUCGGCGGAGGAGGUCCGCAGGAAGCUGGAAGAGACGAAGCCGCGGGUGUAAUGGGUGUGGGUGUGGCUUGCUGCGUGGUUGUUCUUCUGUG